GGAAGUCACCUUCGCAUGCCCAACUCAACCAAAACAACGAGCUCCAAUGAAGAUUGGGUUCUGAACGAUACUCUUGUUGUUGACCGGUAUCACUGCUCACUAGGCUGUUAGUUGGCUUGUUGCGACGACGGCAUCUCUAUUCUGUCUCCCGUUCUGUGACAUUUGAGUUAUAAAAUCGGCGAUAAUAACAUCCAAGAAGAAACAACACCUCCACCAUGACGGAAGAGAAACCCACCGAAACAGCACCGGCCAAGGAAGAUGCCAAAGAAGAACCCAAACAGGAAGAAGCAGCCAAAGAUACUCCGGCUGCAACCGAAGAAUCCAAAGAAGAACCCCCCGUGCCAGAGAAGGAGCGUGACAAUUUGGAAGAUGCGGUUCGCGUCCGCGACGAAAUGGUGAUUGCCUUGGAGAAGGUCCGCCAGGAAAAGCAGCGCGAACUGGAACAGCUUCAAAAGGAAUUUGAAGAAGAGCGUUUGAUUCAAAUGAAGGAGCAGCUAGUGCACAAGAUUGAAUCGGAUCGUUUGAAAAAGCAGACCAAGGCCGUCACGGAGCGUCUCGAGACACUCGAGAAAGACAUGCGCGACAAGCAGGCCAUUCAUGAAUAUGCCACCUUGAUCAAGGGUGUGGCGCCUCAGGGAGGUGUCGACUCGCAGUAUUUGAUCAAACUCCAGAAUCAAUUGGCCAAGGCCGUCAAGAAAAUGGAAGGCACCACGGCCAAAAUGACGCAGAUUGAAAAUUCGUGUGAUCAAGUGGUCAAUUCACUGCGAUCGGAAAUUGCCGAUAUCGUCGAAGAUCGUUGUCGCACCGAAUUGGAACUCCGCAAACAAUUGGAGGUGCUCAAGGAAAAAACCCGCGAGUUGCAGGCCGAAUACGACGAACGAAUCAAGGAGAAUCAAAAGACGCUCGAGUCGCUCAAAACGAAGGCCGAAGCCGUGGUGCCGUUGGAAGAAUUGGAGGCCGAGAUGGACGAGACCUAUUCUCGUUUGUAUGAAUUGAAGCGAAUUCACGAAACUCAGGCGACCACGUUGGAGCAGUUGGAUACCAAUCUCAAGGCGCGACGACAACCGAUUUAGACGGCACGGCGAGUUAUUAAAAGUCAUCAGUGAGAUCGUUUUAAUACGUGUCAUGGCAACGCAAAGGAUAUAUUACGGAUGCAGACGCCAUGCUAUGAUACCAGGAUCAGAGGCGCUCACUGCUGUGGCGGAAAUGGCGAUCGUAGAGCCAUGGUUUUUGUGAUCGAUGGGGAAGCAACCACCAAUUUGCUUACAAAUCAACUAGCAAUUUACUUAGUUAGUUAGAAUGUACAUGUUUUCGUGCGGAUCUUAUUUCAAAAAGACUCACUCCAUCUAUAGAACGCUGUU